UUUAUUUGUUUAACUUAAUAAUCGUAAAGAUGUUUACUGAUGCUUCUUUUAAAGCCAGUACCCGAAAAAAGAAUAGGAAGCGAACUAUUUACGGAGUAUUUGGAGAGUCAGAAUCAGAAAGUGAUGCGGAUGAUGACUCAUCACAUAGAACUACCAUGUCUUUCAUCAAUGAAGGAGGUUAUGAAUCUUCUUCUGAUGAAGACGUACGACGUCCUAGUGAUACAACACAAUUCGUAAAGGGUGGUAUGUUAAUUCCGGAAACUAAAAAGAAGGAAAAAUUAAACAAAUCCCGAUUUCGAGGUUCAUGGAAUGAAUCUAUGCCUUUAACUGCUGAUAAUAAUAUGUCUGACAUGGAUGAGGAUUUUGGAUCAGACUCAGAUGUAAUAGAUGAUUUGUUAACAGAGGAUCAUCAACAUUACACUAAAAUGUAUACGUCGGAUCAUCUUACAACAGAAGAUGGGACGAGAUUCUCGGGUAUAUCAACAAAAGAUAAUGGCCAUACAGAUAGUUUACAAUCAAAAUUUCGGAAAUCAGAUAUUGCAUAUAACCCAGACAUUGGUAUUAAGCGUGAAGACAUGAACAAGAUGUAUGGAAAAGGGCUUCAGAUGAUACAAAAAAUGGGCUAUAGAGGCGGUGGGUUAGGAAAAGAUGGAAGAGGCGUGGUUGCACCAAUUGAAGUGAAGUUUCGAACUAAACAAAAAGGAUUGCAAGACCAAGGUGAAAUAAGUAAUGCCACUAGACAGCUUGUAACUGAUAUGCAAGAAGCAUCUAUCCAUAUUAAAGUUACAGAUAUAUCUUAUACUAAUGCUUGGCGUAAAAGGGAUUCUAAUACGCAUGUCGCCGAUGGUUCAUGCGAUUCCGAUCUGACGAUAGCAUUGGAUUUGUUAAUCAAAGAAUUAUUAGAUAAAUUAAAGUGUAACGUUAGCAUGGAUAGAAGUAACCGCAAUCAACUGGAAUAUGCUCAGAACUCCCUACAACAAGCAGAGGAAUGUAUGAAACGUAUACAGUCUGAUAUUAUAAGUAGGCAACGACAGCUAGAAACAUCAAGAAUGCUUGUAUCCGACUUCUUAGCAAGUUGUAAAAAUAUAGACAAGAAAUUGGAUUCUAUAGUUGAUGACAGUAAUGAAAAGGCUUAUUGCGAUAUAUUAUUAGAGCUGUUUGGUUACAUUCGAGAUUACGAAAACAGAAAUUCCGACUUAAUGUCGUUAUUGAAUGUUGAUAUUGUGACACGUAAAUACGUCGAAUAUUGUCUGGCCAGGCUUUACAACAAAUGGGACAUUUCGUCGAAACCGGAUCAUGGCUGUAUAUUGUUGUCCCACAUUAAUGAAUUCAUGAUAUCCAGAAAAGAGUAUGAUACAGUCAAAUCGUUCAUCUUUUCUUACAUUGAACCUCUAAUUGUCGACUAUUUUGAGAAUAACUGGAAUGUUUCCGAAACUGACAGAGGCUUACAAAUUUAUGAUAUUUGGAACAGUGUGCCAAUUUUGGGGAAUAAUUCUAUAUCCAAUUUAACAGAAAAGGUUAGAAGUAAAAUAGCAAGUAAAUUGGUGAAUUUCAUGUCUAAUCGUCAAACUAUACACAUCGCAUAUAUAGUAGUUCAUCCAUGGCUAGAAGUAUUAGGAAAUGACAGGAUAAAGAGCUUGAUCCAUACGUUUAUACAAGGAGCAAAAGAAAUGAUUUCUAAGGAUAGUGUAAAUGAUGUGCAACGUUGUCUAGAAUCUUUAAAUGCUUGGAGUGUGUUGCUGAGCAGAGAGAAUGUCGAGGAGUUGAACUCUCAUAUUUCGACGUGUUUGGUUCUAGCAUUAAAAACUGUCACCAUCGAUCCCCGCUGCCAAGACACAUCUAUAAUAGAAAAGGCUAUAUUAUGGCACAACUAUUUGGGGAAUGAAAGUCUGUCAGAUGUGUUCUCUAAGGAUAUAAUGUUAAGAUGGUUUGAUGUAUUACGAAGCUGGCUGGCAAGGACGUCAGUAGAAUUCGAAGAAGUAAUCGUAUGGUACAAUGGUUGGAAGUCGUUAUUUCCACCCUCUAUGUUGAAAGGUACGUCACUGGAGAAAAACUUCAAAAAUGCGCUCAUGUGUAUGGACCGAGCAUCGCAAGAUAUACUGAAUAAACAUACUCUACAAACUGAUAGUAAGGAUAGCAACUAUAAGGAAAAGGUUAAAGAGACUCUUAAGAAUAGAGUGGAAGCGUUAGGAGCAACCCAUGGCAUUACAUUAUUAAAACGAAAUGGAUUAACUUACGAAGGAUUUCAAGUGUAUAUGUAUGGAAAUGCUUCGAUUUAUUUCAAUGGCGACCAUCUUAUGCUAUUCAAUGGUAAUAAUGCGGUCGAAAUAUCAAUCGACACGCUCAUUAAACACGCAAUGUAGCAAUGGAUUCACGAUGGCAUUCAAAAAUGUUACGCCAUCAUUAGAUG